CCGUACAAUGCCACGUGGCAUUGUGCUCACCAACAGUAAACCCGUCGAGGGAAUGGUUUACCAAAUGGCAUUGGUUUUUGAUCAAAAUUAUGAGACCGUAAAGCAGUUUAAAAUGAUUCCAGUGGUUACACAACGCACAAAAACGAAACAAGUCUCAAAUGUGUACAGUGGAAAUAUGCGCCUCGAAAAAUCAAUGCAAAUCGACGAGACUCUUGUAUUCGGUCAAACAAUUGACUGGGAACCAACUGAUGAUGAAGGAAUGUCUGUUGAGAUUGUGAGAAAAUACAAACGAAUCCGCCCGGCCUAUGAAUCUCGAAUUUUCGACGGAGAAACACAGCUUCUACUGCCUGGAAUUAUGUCCAGAAAUCGAGAAGUUCUUUGGAUGUGUGAUAUUUGGCCACAACUCGAAAUUAAAAACGAUCUGAAACACGUUGUACACCCAAAUGUGGCUGUAAAUGCGUGGGUAACACUACAUAUUCGAGAUGAUCAAUCGAUAAAAUAUGAACUUUAUUCAUUUGAUUCAACAGCUGAUUCACUUCAACAUCAAGUACGGAAUGCCUCUUGGAAUAAGGAAGUUGAGGGUAAUUUCCCGCAUUUUUGGGACCCCGUGGACGAAAAUCGCGUGAAAAAUCCGGAUUUCGUAGCCCCAAUGGCUGAUUUUUUGAGUGGAAUGCGUGGAUAUGUGAUGUCUGAUCGAAUUGUUCUGGCAGAAGAUCCACGUCAUCGAGAUGUAUGCUUUCAUCGAAUUGUGCUCCGAGAGAGCGAUGGAUUUCCGGAGCCGGGCUCAUUCAUCAGAUUUGACGCUGAGAAAAUUGAUUUUUUGAAUAUCUACGCGAUGAAGGGAAUUGUUAAUUUGAAUGAUCAGCGAGCUCUGCCAAGGACGGCUAAUGGAAAUAUUAAAACAACAAUUCGUCUUCACAACGAUUCGCCAGGAUUCUAUUAUUCAGAAGCUCUUCAAUGCUUCAUGGAUGAUCCGAAUAAUGUAUUAGAGCACUGGUUGCUCUCAAAAUAUUCAAAUAGUACUCUACAAGUCGGAAUCUCUGCUGGAGAACCAUCAGCCAUCGGAACUCCGAGAUUUGUGAUCGCUGAGAUUACUGAUGCUAAAGCUCGGAAGCUUCAGGCUCUCACCGAAGCCGGAGAUAUCAAAUUCGUCGCGGAGCCGGCGAUUGUUAUCAAUUUUCGCGGUGUUUUAUAUGUUCCGAGACUGCCGAAAAGCGUUUUUAGACUCCGCUCGUCAGAUAUGCCAAUACCUCCAGGAACACGGAUCUUCAUCACAGCACACUAUGAAAAUCGUUGGAUUAUCGAUAAAAUCGACGUUGAUCGCCGAGAUACGUCUGUUGAAGCGCUCGUUUGUCACGAUGCAAAGAGUGGAAAGGAAAUGAUCUGGUUCCACUGUACGUCUGCUCGGGGCUCCGACCAACUUCCAUAUCUCCUGAAAACUCAACAAUUCGGAUUAGUUCAAACGCCGAAAUCAUUCCAAGUCCGCCGUAAUCCGUCACUUUUCGUGUGGGACAACGUUUGGGUCACUCUUAAUGAUUGUCACGUUGGGGAGGGCUCAAAACCGCCCACGCGAUUCAAAAUUUGUGCAUUUGGAAAAGUUACCAACUUUACGACGCGAAUCUCUCCAAUCGAGUUGCAGCCACGAUCUCCAGAUUUUCCAGUUCUCACAAGUUUCAUAGAAGAUCAUAAUUUUAUUGAGGAAAAUACACUUAAUAAUGUCGGCGUACCACCGGUUUACGGGGAAACGGCCGUUGCAGAGUAUCAAGAAGCUCUGCGAGCCCCCCGUGCACACGCGAAUAUAAUCCGAAUGAUUAAUGAUUUGGAGGAUAGCCUCAAUUGGGCAAGAAAUCCGUCGAAAACUAUUAAAUUGGAAAUCGAUGAGCACUUGGAUCGAUGUGAUACGUGUACUAAUCGAGAUUUGAACCCGAACUGCUAUUUUCCGGAAUACUUAUCACAUGCGCUCCGUCAGAAGCCGGAAAUUGUUGAAAUCUUCUCGCCUGGGAUGCUCUCAAUCAUCACUUGCCGCAGAUUUGGCGGCGGCGGCGGUGUUUAAAAAAGAAUUUUUUUUUUUUGACGGGAACAACUGAUUUUUUUGUGUUAUUUCGUGUUUUUUAUACCCCAUUUUUUUUACAAGAAAAAGCUCAAAAAUUGAGCCAGAAUGAAGUUUUUAAGGAAUGCAAACAA